AUGAAGACAUUUUUGCUAGCACUUGCAAAGGAGAGUGACAUCCUGUUUGACAAAGUGGAUAUUACAAAUUUCAGUUGUGUUCCUGACCUCUCCAAGUGUCCUUUCAUUCAGGGCAAAAUGUGGUUUGCUCAGCCCAAGGAUGCUGGUUUUUCAUCUAUCCACAAUAUCAAUAGUCAUUUGGCCAGCCUCUCCAUUGUUGGAAACACGAUCCCCACUCCUGACCCCGCUAUUAAGGAGAAAGCUUUAUGUGCUCCGGAUAACUUGAAUGCAAGUAUUGAAAAUCAGGGCCAGAUUAAGAUGUACAUCAAUGAAGUGUGUCGGGAGACUGUGUCACAUUGCUGCAACUCGUUUCUGCAGCAGGCCGGAUUAAAUUUGUUAAUAAGCAUGACAGUUAUUAAUAACAUGCUUGCCAAGUCCGUUUCAGACUUGAAGUUUCCUUUGAUAGCAGAGGGAAGUGGAUGUGCUGAGCUUCAGGUUUUGAAACUGUUGAUGGGUUUGUCUGAAAAGCCAGUCUUGGCAGGGGAAUUGCUGGGUGCCCAAAUGCUGCUCUCAUUCAUGUCCCUCUUUAUGAGGAACGGAAACAGACAGGUUCUCCUGGACACCCUGGCCUCUUAAAUGGCCAUCUCGAACAGAAUGGAACUGAAUCUGCCCAAAACCCUUCUGGUGAACACACACAUGUGUUCUCACUCAAAGAAUCUGCAGUGGUUGCUGUUGAAGAUCCAGUCUUAGCCCAUCACCACAUCACGGGGUGAAAGUUACACUCGUUAAAUCGAGGACCACAUUCCUAUUGGCCAGGCAGGGGUUCCCACAGGGCUUGGAGUAACUUCUUGGUUUUGCAGUCUGCAGGCAAUGUGCAUUGUCAGUCACUCCCUUGUGGCCUUCUUCCUGUGGUAAAGGGAUCAUUCCAGCUGCCAGCUGUGGAUACAGAACAUCCUAUUAUAGCAUCAUGAGGGAUGCCCUGCCCGUGGUGGUCUCCCUGUCUAAGCGGGACCAUUUUGUGGAGACCAGACACAUAUCGGAGCUUGUGCUGAAAAUGCUUUUGCUGCCGCCUAGGUUGAAUUCUUUCUCAUUUACUGCUUCUUCUUUGCGAGCUGAUGGAUGGUGAACCUAUUCAUCAAAAACGUACACCCCCCUUUUGUGUGCUGUACUGACUUAACCUUACCCACCCAAACCUACCAUUUGUAUGUAUCAUCAAUAAAGGUGUGUGCUUUGAUUGGCAAAAGCGA